GUGUGCAAGUGACAGUCGAUGACGUAGGAACAACCCCGGAAGUCUAUAUAUUUUACACCAGAAAGCCACAGACAGUCAAAUUACAUGUGAUAGUUAAACGUCGCGUGUUAUGCUGGUGAAACAGGCUUUGGGCAGAAGUUGGAAGCCAAUUAAUCGUUGUUUUCAGGCGCGUUUACGACUGUUACGUUGCACACCUACUCAACUCACUGCACAACAGCCUCUCUCAUUGUUUUCAAUGUCGUCUGAACCUGAACAACCAGCCAGCACUGACCAAAAGGAGCUCGCAGAAGACAGCUGGAGACUGAACUAUGUGACCGGAGACCUGUUCUCCUGCCCUAAGGACGAGGCUCUGGCUCACUGCAUCAGUCAGGACUGCCGCAUGGGGGCAGGCAUAGCAGUGAUGUUCAAGCAGAAGUUCAAAGGGGUAGUGGAGUUAAAGGAACAGAACAAACAGAUUGGGCAGUGUGCAGUACUGAAACAAGACGGACGUUUUAUCUACUAUCUGAUUACAAAGAAGAAAGCAAGCCAAAAACCAACCUAUCGCAGCCUGACACAGAGCCUGGAAGACAUGAAGUCACACUGCGAACUGAACGGAGUAACAAGAAUAUCAAUGCCUCGUAUUGGUUGUGGCCUGGAUCGACUGGCGUGGAAAGAAGUGGCAACCAUACUGGAAGAGGUCUUCAAACACACAGACAUCUGCAUCACAGUCUACAGCCUUCCUCAGAAAGCAGAGGCCGAAGUGAUGAAGGAAAUCACGCACAGAUAACUGUUACAAAAGUUUGUUUAUUGUCAUACAUAGUUUAAUCACUUGUGUAUAUUGUCCAUAAACAUCCAGCAUGGAUGAUAACUUUUGUUUUCAAUGAUAAAAACAUGUUAUGUUUUAUAUUAUAUUGAAAUAAACACUACUCUUUUUGUAGUAAA